AUGCCUGAACCUCCCGAAAUCUUCCGUCGGCCAUCGCGUGAUGACCCACCCCGUCCUCCUGAGCCUCGACUCGGCUUGAAACAAGACGACAUUGAUAAGGCCGAACUUAACAGAAUAGCCGAGCAGGCGGCAGUGACAGCUACUGAGAGCUUCAAGCCCGCAACACUGCAAGGUGUUAAAGACCCUGCCAUUGAGAAAUGGACCUCGCCUCUGGCCGACCUGUCACGCCAAAAUCUUCCCAAUAUUUCUGGCAAGUCAGAGAAGAGACUGAGAAGUGUCGUCGAGCGCGACAUCGUCUCGGACCCGAAUCAGUACCCUUGGUGCACCAUCGGCAAAGUCUUUGUCGGAUGGAACAGCAACUUUGCCAGUCCAAUCUGGACGGGUUCCGGCUGUCUCAUCGGCAAGAAUAUCAUAUUGACAGCUAGCCACGUCGCUCCUUGGGGCAAGCCAGGAUGGUGGAUGCGAUUCGUCCCAGCAUAUGAUGAAGGGGUGGAGCGAUUUGGUUCUUCUUAUAUCUCAGAGUUUCGGGGAGUGAAGAACACCAACAACGUCGAAGGGCUGGACUACGUCGUCUGCCUGCUGUACGAUCCACUCGGUGGUACAUGCGGCUGGAUGGGGAGCCAGUGGUGGGGAAAUGAUAGCGAGUACGAGCGCCGCCGUUGGAUCAGCGUGGGGUAUCCAGGCAAUUCCCUGAACGCUCAGGUACCCAUGGUUGAGAAAAACAUCGCUGUCAACGACGUGGACAAUGACCAGGACGGCAAAAAGCUCGAGACAAAUAACCUUUUUUCCUCGCCCGGUUGGUCUGGAGGGCCGAUGUGGAAUUUCCUUGGUGCAGACUCAGCGUCAGAUCCCAGAGUUGUCGGUGUGAUGAGCGGGUGGGAGAAGGAGUCAUUCCUCUGGUGGACUAUCGAGGAAGAUGAUGUUUCGGCGGGCGGAGCGUAUAUGACGAACCUUGUGAUCUGGGCAGAGAGGAACUGGCCGAGCUCAUAA